AUGCAGAGAUCAACAGAUCAGGGGGUGCCCACUACAUGUGUAACACAGCCCUACACCUACGGCUCAGAGAACAUUGUGCAACCACUGCAACAAAAGGACAAAGAAGUAAUCCAGCUAAAACAACAAGACCAUAAAAGGCGAUAUGAGCUGCUUAAAUGUAAAGGAGAUUUUUUCCAGAAACAGUCCAAUGUGCUCAGGCAGAAAACAGAAGAGGCAGCAGCUGCCCACAAAUGCUUCAAGGAACCCCACCACCACCACCAAAGGCAAUAGGAAGCUGCAGAAAAACAGAAAGAAACUCAGACCCGCGGAAUAGAAGGCACAGAAGCACGAGUGAAGAACUGGCUUAGAAAAGAAACUGAAGUUAUGAUCAGUAUUGAGGAAGUCAAGUGCCAUCUGAAUGACCUUCGUGAAGAGCAAAAGAUCCUAGCCUUCGAUGUGGCUCAACUUAAAGAAAGCAAGAAACCUGGGGAGAACCCACCACCUAAGCUCCAGAGGAGCACAUUGGCCAGUGAUGAAGGCUGUGGUCAGGAUUCAGAGCCAGAGGAUGCUAUCACAAAGCAGAUUAACAGUCUAGAGUCUGAAAUGGAACUCAGAAGUGCUCAGGUUGCUGACCUACAGCAAAAGCUCCUGGAUGCAGAAAGUGAAGACAGAUCAAAAUGGCACUGGGAGACUAUUGCUGCUACUCUGGAAGUCAAAUGUGCACUAAAAUAUUUGGUUGAAGAGCUGGUCGCCUCCAGACUAUGGGUCAGCAAGCUUGAAAGCAACUUGAAACAGAGCCAGGCCAGCUAUUCUAAAAUGCAGGGGAUGCUGUUUGAGGAGAGGAAUCAUCUUGUUGUACUAGAGACAGGGUUGAAAGCUGAGUUGCUCAAAGUGAAGCAAAAGCACCAGGAGAAGGUGCUCUACCUCCCCAGUCAGAUGCAGCAAAGACAAACAGGGAGACACAGCAUCCACUGGGGAAAGGAGCAGCAGCUGCUCAACACCUCGCAGUGUCAGGAAGAACAGUUUAGGAAAAUGCAAGAAAGAUGUGAGCAAAAUCGGCAGGUUCUCCAAGAGAAUAAAACCACCAGACAGAAACUGACCCUUCUUCAAGGGCCCAGAGGCCAGAAAUCUCAUCUUCCCAAGCAUGGCAGCCUUCAAUCUCCAGAUUCUUCCUUUGACUACAUCCCACCUCCACCCAAACCAUCCCAUGUUAGAGACAAGUUCCUGGAACAGAGCAUGGACACUGAGGAUCUGAAGUAUCAUUCAGCGCAUUCUACAAAUGAGUCUGAAGAUGGUGAUGCUGAAGAUGAGGAGUGGAAACCAAGGAAACUGGCUAAAGUGCCCAGGAAGACCAUCCACAGGUGUUCCUGCAGGGGAUGGUGCAGGAACAAACACUGUGGGUGCAGGAAACAAGGAGUGAUCUGCAGUGGGGCCAGUGGUUGUGACCACACAAAGUUUCAGAACCAUCAGCAAAAACAAGAUUGCUUGGGUGCUAUUGAGUGGAACCAGGAUUUUGAAGGCUCCUUCAAGCUGGAGGAUCCUACAGAGGUGGUCCCAGGACUGAGCUUCUUCAACUCCAUCUGUGCCACUCCCAAUACCAAGAUCCAAAAAGAGACAUGUGAUAUGGAUCAGGUUCUGUUAAGGACGAUGGCUCUUACAGUUUCCUUAGAUGUGUCAGACAUAAAACACAGAGCAACAGAAUCCCAAGAAAAUAAGACUACAGAGAAGAAGAAGAACCGAGUUCUGGCCAGCAAUAGCACCUUCUUCUCUGGCUGCUCUCCUACCAAAGAGGAGACCCACUGA